AAUUAUCAACUAAAAAAUAAGAAGCAUUGUGAAAACUAGAAAAUUUGUAAACAAUUUAACACAAAAUUAAUGCAAAUAUUAGAAUCGUGCGUUUUUAAAGUAUGAAAAUAACACAAAAAAUAGAAUUCGAUGAAGAUGUAUCAUCGAUUUGUGAGUCUACGGCCGCACUUACGGAAGGCUGCCGCUUACCCGUGCGUAUGCACAAGACUGAUGAUUGGCCACUCGCAGAAGUUGUAAGCAUUAAGGAUCAUGAUGGCAAACGACAGUUCUACGUCCACUACGUUGAUUUUAAUAAACGUCUUGAUGAAUGGGUUACCGAGGAGGAUGUGGACACACGUAAAGUACAAUUUCCAAGACGUGAUGGCACGCAGACAGGCGCCAGCACAGGCGUAACCACACCAAAGAAACAUCACUCGUCACUGCCGGGUAGCGUUUCUAGGCCUACUUCGCCACAACCAGCUGCUAGCAAUGAAAUGGUUAAUGGUAACGCUGUGCUGGCCGCUGCCUUACAGAAAAAAAUAAACCGUAAAAGAAAGCUCAAUUCUGUACCUGCGCCACCGGCAGUUGUAGUGCCGGAGACACCACCACCCGUAAUAGCACCCACGCCAGUAGUAGUACCGCCUGCAGUAGCACCGGUACCCACAACACCGGCACCGGUAACAGUGGUUGAAGAAGCCUCACAAGAUGGCAAAACCGCCACACCACGCCAAUCUGGCAGUAUGGUCAUACAUCAGGAUGACGUAGUGACGCGUAUGAAAAAUGUUGAAAUGAUUGAAUUGGGUAAACAUCGCAUCAAACCCUGGUAUUUCUCACCGUACCCGCAGGAAUUAUGUCAAAUGCCUUGUAUCUACAUCUGUGAGUUCUGCCUGAAAUACCGCAAAAGUCGUAAAUGUCUGGAGCGUCAUUUAGUAAAAUGUAAUCUACGACAUCCGCCCGGCAAUGAAAUAUAUCGGAAAACAACGAUUUCCUUUUUCGAAAUUGACGGUCGCAAAAACAAGGUGUAUGCGCAGAAUUUAUGUCUACUGGCCAAACUGUUUCUCGAUCAUAAAACACUUUACUAUGACACGGAUCCGUUUCUCUUUUAUGUCAUGACUGAAUUCGAUUCGCGCGGUUUUCAUAUAGUCGGUUAUUUCUCAAAGGAAAAGGAAAGCACGGAAGAUUAUAAUGUCGCUUGUAUAUUGACUAUGCCGCCAUAUCAACGCAAGGGUUACGGCAAGUUGCUGAUUGAAUUUAGCUACGAACUGUCAAAAUUCGAGGGAAAAACUGGUUCGCCCGAGAAACCCUUGUCAGAUUUGGGUCUACUCUCGUAUCGUUCGUAUUGGGCACAAACGAUUUUGGAGAUUUUCAUUAGCCAAAAGCCAAACAGUGAUGGCGAGAAGCCAACCAUUACAAUCAACGAUAUCUGUGAAUGCACUUCCAUCAAAAAAGAGGAUGUCAUAUCGACAUUACAAAAUCUAAAUCUUAUCAACUAUUACAAGGGACAGUAUAUAGUGUGUAUCAGUCGCGACAUCAUUGAUCAACACAAGAAGGCCAUGGAUAAACGAAAAAUACGCAUUGACUCGAAAUGUCUACAUUGGACGCCUAAAGAUUGGUCUAAGCGCUCCAAGUGGUAAAUCUUAAGUAUAUUACAUUUCAAAUUACAAUUUCUUUAGUUAGUACAACUUAUAUAAAUAAUUUAAAAAAAAAAAAACAAACUGUAUACAACCAUAUGCGCUUUAGUUGCCCUAACACCAAAUUAUAUGAUGAUUUUCCCCGCCUUUA